AUGGCUCUUGAAACAUACAGUAAUACCACCGGCACCACCACAAACCCGCAUAAUACUGCUCUCACACCAGGUGGUUCCUCCGGUGGCGAGUCGCCCCUCUAUGGCAGCCCUCUGGGAAUUGGCCCAGAUAUCAAAGAUUCAGGUGACAGUAUUUGCUUUCCCGCCGCUGAUUGUGGUCUCUACAGCCUAAAGCCAUCAACGGGUCGACUACCACUAAUCGGAUGUGCUUCCGACCUUCUCGGAUGUGAGGCAAUCAUGGGAACGCUUAGGCCCAUUCUACCAACGUUUGGCGGUAUUGAACUGUGUAUAAAGGAGAUCGUUGAAUCCAAGCCUUGGGCCAAAGAUUCAAUGAUACUUCCAAUCCCUUGA